AGCCGACUUCGAUUCUGAUCAAGAAGACCCAGAGCAAUUACUGGAUGAAUGGCUGGGACAAUUGGACAACUUAACAGAGGGAUUAAACAAUUUAAAUACUUCAAAUAAUCUUAAACCAUCCCAUGCCGAUAUUUGUACUCCUAGAAUUGACAGUUAUCGAUUUUCAAUGGCCAACCUGGAAGAUUCUCAAGACGUCGAUCUCGACGCCAUUCUUGGCGAAUUAUGCGCUCUCGAGAGUCAAUAUGAAAAGGAACUUGAACAAAGCAUUGACAAUAAAAAUAAAUUAUCAGGCUCUCAGAAGCAGUUGCAUCAAUCAAGAACUCACCUUCGCUCACAUUCGGAAGGCCCCAGAAUUAAAAUGGACUCUGGAGAAACUGAUCUCAUUCACAAGACUGAUUCUUCCUUACGUACCGAUUCGCCAGACAACGAUUCUGCAUUUAGCGACACCGUUUCCAUGCUGUCUGGAGAAUCUUCUGCCAGCAGUGGAGGUAGUGGUCCGAAACCAAGUACCUUACAGCUGCCUGCUCAGUGUACCCAGGACGAAGCGUCCAAGGUGAAGGCCGAAAAAAUUCGAAUGGCUAUGGAGAAAAUUAAGGAAGCCAACAUUCAGAAAUUGUUUGUUAAGGUCUUUACUGUCGAUGGUUCGGCAAAAUCGCUUUUGGUUGACGAAAAAAUGACUUGUGCUUACAUAACGAGACUUCUGGCGGACAAAAAUCAUGUCCACAUGGAUCCUAAAUGGACCAUUGUAGAACAUCUUCCCGACCUUUACAUGGAACGAGUAUAUGAAGAUCACGAGCUGUUAGUUGAAAAUUUGAUGGUGUGGACCAGAGAUUCGAAAAAUAAAAUAUAUUUCGCAGAAAGAUCGGACAAAAUAAAGCUUUUUAUUAAUCCGGAAAAUUUUCUUCUGACCAACACAGAUAAACAAGAUGCCGUGGAUUAUGACGAACACUUGCGUAGUUUACUAUUGGAAGAUUUUUUCCGUUCCGGAAAUCAAGGUAUACCUCAUAUUGAGGGACCGCUUUACCUAAAGUCUGAGUCGAAAAAAGGUUGGAAAAAGUAUCACUUCGUAUUAAGGGCUUCCGGGCUUUAUUAUUUUCAAAAGGAGAAAUCGAAGACAACGAAGGAUUUAAUGUGCUUAGCUACUUUCGAUGUCAAUCAGGUGUAUUACGGUUUAGGGUGGAAAAAGAAAUACAAAGCCCCCACUGAUUAUUGUUUUGCUAUUAAACAUCCACGACUACAAGAGCCAAAAUCGUCAAAAUAUAUUAAAUAUUUGUGUGCCGAAGAUUUUUACUCGUUAGAAAAGUGGGUCGUCGGAAUACGAGUAGCUAAACAUGGCCGUCAACUUAUGGACAACUAUCGAAUGCUCGUUGACGAAUUAGCCCAAGAGGAUCUUGAUAAACUGGCCCAUGCGCGAAGUUGUUCUGUGAGCUCGAUAUCUGUCCAAUCGAGUGCUACAACCCCGACCCAAGGAUACAGCAGUAGCGAAGGAUAUGUAACUCCGAGUGAAACUUAUUCGGCAACAAGUGAGGCCAGUUCUGGCAGACACAGUAGAGCAAGUAGUUCGAGCUCGAGUGGUUGCAUGUCUGACAGUGCCCCAUCCAGUUGUGAAAUUGCAUUUGAGUCUGAAUUUCCUAUGGGUACCAUUAAACGUAAACCGUCAAUGAAACCGUCUUUGCCUUUGACAAAUAUAACGAGACAGUUAAAAGAAGUCGGCGAAACAAGAGAAGUGGAAAAGGAUCAGUUACCCUCUUCCAGUCCUGUUUUAUAUACAAACACAGGUACGUUAACGAGAAGACAAAGUAGGAGAAAAUCUAGUUCAACAGAAGAUUCGUCUAAUAGUGGCACUUUAAAGAGGCAACAAUCCUUUAAAUCCACCAGCUCCAUGGAAUCCAUUCGAAGCAACAAUUCCACACCCCUUUGCGGUACACCGAUUCGUGAUAAACCUUUAUUUACCGAAGAGGAGUUUUUGAGUCCAAAUUCGCUAAUAAGCGGAGAAAAAGUUCAAACGUCCAUGGUCGACUCUAUCAUAUCGCUUCCAUCUCCCCCUGAAGUGUGCGACAACUACUCUAUGGUCGAAACGUCGUCGACAUACCAGUUACCUCCGCCGCCUCCGGAAGUGUACAGUUCAAACUUGUCACUUGAUAGUUUACCGCCACCUCCGAAUCCGUUAGAACUGCCGCUCGUCCUCGAGGUAGUCGAUUUGACCGGUAGUCAGUUAUCCUUGAUGUCGUUGCCGCCUCCACCGACCGAAAAUUGUGAUAUGGGCAAUUCGUUACGGAAAGUGCCCCCGUUAAGUUCAAGACUGACCCUUUCAUACCAGUGCAAUCAGACUGAUACUAUGUUGAAAACAAAGCCUAAUGAUCAACAGGAUUCGCCUAAAGUAGUUUCAAUGUCCGACAACAAAUACGUUUCUAAAAAUGAAGAUAGCGAACAAAACGAAAAAUUGUACGCUCAACUGCUGAAACAGAGUGGUGGAACUUUGCCACUGCAACUUGACAAUAAUUCGAUUAAUUUACGAUCAUCCUUGAGACAGAGUGCCGCGACUGCAUUACCACCCUCGGUAAAUAAACAAAUCUCAACGAAUAAUAUAAUAACACGCCCCACACUUAACACGAACUCGCCAACUCCACAAAAGAAGGUGUGUUUUCAAGAGUUCUAUACUCCCAAGAAGGCCAACAAAAGGGUCAUCGGCUUCAGUAUACCCUCGCAAGAGGCGCCAUUGCUGCUACCUAAGAAGCCGCCGCCCCCGAAAAGAUCCGAAACUACAAGAUUAUCAAGUCCAAAGAAAUUGGUGGAACCUCCAACCGAUUUCCUUAAAGAUUUACAAAGGGUUAUGAAGAAGAAGUGGCAAGUGGCACAAAAGUGCAAAUUGGAGCCCACAACGACGCCUCAUGAAGUGUUAGGAUUUAGAGAUCCUCCUCCUCAGUUCCUACCUGAUUACAAGGAGUCGAGCGUUUCGAAAUGGGUUAAAGAACACUACGGUGGUUAUAAUUUUUACGAGAACGUUUACAGAGAUAGUUCGCAAAACGUGACAGAAUACGCGACCAAUAAUACAAUUAAUCAUAAUGUUCGUAAAGAAGUUAAGAUGUGUGAUUCUAUAAUUAGGAAUAAAAGACCGCCUCCACCACCACCCAAACGAAGCGAAACGACUCAAUUAACUACACCGCGACUCCAUUAAUUAAUUAGUGUCAAGUAAAAAAUGAUAUUGUAGAAAAACUAAUCAGUGCAAUCAAUGGAUACGUACAAUUAAAUGUGACACCUUAUUAAUUGAUAGAAUCUGUUACUGUUUUAUGAAUUGAGAAUGAAUUAUUUGUUUACGUAGAACUAAGUAAAUUAUUUUUCUUUUUAACAUUAGUUUAUCGAUUUUCAAAACUAGAUAGGUUCAUAACGGGGUAAGUGAAUGUGUUAUUCUGUUACUUUUGCAUUGAUUGUACAACUUGUGAUGUGACAUUUCUUAUGGUAAUGCUUGGAGCAUGUGUAACAUUACGCCCAAAACUGUCCUUAAGUAGAGAAACUCGCAAAAGCUUACUACUACUGCCUUUUCAAAUGGUUUUCCUGCAUUUAUUAUUAUACACGUACUUGCUGAUAUACAUAUAAAAAAUGAAUUGUGAUGUUAGAUAUUUGUAAUCCACGCAAAAUAAAAUUGUGCCAUUUAUAAUACAUAUACAUAUAUAUAUAUAUAUAUAGGUACAUACAUAUAUUAAAUGUAUCAAUUUCUAUACCUUUUACUACUUUUGUAUAUACGAUACAUACAUACGUACGUACAUGUUAAUAAACAUAGAAUGUAAGUCGUCGAUAUUUAUAAUAUUAUGAAGAAACAGCGGUGCUUUUUUGUAAAUUAUUAUUUCUUCUUCAAACUUAUCGCUAUUAUUUUGAAAAACAUUUUAAAAACCUGUAAAUAUUAUUGUUUAAUAUCUAGUGACUAAAAGUUUUACUUUGACUGGUAUUUUCUUACUGUUGCUAUAAGUUAUUUUAUUUCCCAGUACCUCUAUACAUAGAGUUUACUCCAUUUGAUUAUUUUAUUAUACAAGGUAAUUCAGUUCAAAUUAAAAUCUUUAACGAUAAACAAAUAUAAUCUAAUUAAAUUAAUGUGUAUGUAUAUUUUUUAAUUUCAAAUAUGAUAUUGUAUAAUUAAUAAUUUACUUCUGAUAUUAAGCUAUUUUUUUAUAGUGCGCCGUGUAGAUAAAAAAAAUUUAAGUAACGGUGCACACGGUCGUUGAAGUAUGCGCAGUGUACGGUGCGUUCAGUUCAACUCGAUGAAGUCGUUUAGAUUUACACCGAAGAACCGGAAACAUCCUAUAAACAUUUUUUGCUGCUUAUUUCCACGUCUUGGAGGGGAUUCUGCAAAAAUUUUUAAUAAUUUUCCGAUUAUUUUAGGAGAUUGUUCAGUGUCAAUCAACGCCCGUUUCCGUUUGUACCCAUAAAUUGCUGUAACGACGCUCUGUCUGUUGUAUGUAUUUUACCGAACGUUACACGUCUAAUUGUAAGCGCAUAAUUUGCAUCCGUGUGCACCGGCCUCUAUUGUAUUUCUAUUACGAACUUUAAAGUAUCUCGGUAAUAAAUAUUUUUUACGGAGACGUGUAAGUAAACACGUAAUUUUUUA